CAACUUCACAGCACCUCUCCCUCCCUCGCUCCCUCGCCGUGCGACCAACCGCUUUCGGACUACCUGCGGACAUGGCUUCAACGUCAACAGUGAACGGUAGCGAGACUAUGAGUCCACCGAACGAGGCCAGCGGGCCACAGAAGCGGAAGAGCGAGGAGGGCAGCACGCAGCCACGGGCAAAGCGGAAUCGCUAUAUCUCGAUUGCUUGCAAUGAGUGCAAGAGGCGCAAGAUCAAGUGCAAUGGGCAGACUCCGUGCCAGCGAUGCGGGAACCUAUCGCUCGAGUGUCUGUAUGCGCCAAAUUGCUGCAACAAUUUCAAAGAAUCAGAUGAGUUCAAGCAAAUGACGGCGCACAUCACAUCCCUCCAAGAGCAGGUCGAUCAGCUCUUCGCGAACCUCAACUCCCUCAAGACCCAGGUCGAUUCCCAGAGCGCGGGCUCGAUGAGCACUCCGUACAACACGCAGGACUAUGCCCGGUCCAUUUCCAUGGCCCAGACGCCGAUCAUUCCUCAGUCUCCAACCCACCAGCGAAGCAAGUCCUUCACAAAGCAUCCACGAUUCCACGGGCCGACUUCAAGCGCAUUCAAUCUGGGAGUCGCUAAGUCGAGCUUAAAGACAAUGGGGAUUACGGGACCGGAGGACGGUCUGGACGAGGGCGUGGUGACCCAAGAUGCUACCCCAAUGGCUUCUCCGCCUGCGACCAACGCUGUGCUGUCAAAACCCGUCCUACAUGCAGAAAAGGAUCCGAUUUGGUCUCUCACGAAGCACGAGGCGAUCCGCCUAGUGCAUGUUUGGCACGAAGAAAUGGGCAUGAUGUAUCCCUUUAUGGAUAUUUCCAAGGUCGUUCGUUACACCGAAAUGCUUUUUUCCUUCGUGGAGGCAGCCACAAGAUCUGGUCUUAUGCAAGGCGGCCUUCCUGGGGCCGACGCGAUCAUGGACGCUCAGACCAGUAUUCUUAAAUUGAUUCUCGCGACUGCCUUGAUUCUUGAGGGCUAUGGAAAGAAUCCGCUGGGGGAGAAACUGUUUGAGAAUGUGCACAAAGUCAUAGAGCGAACCCUUCUCGAGCCUGUUGAUCUUAAGGGUAUUAAUAUGCUGGCGCUAACUGCCAUGUACCAUUUCCACAGGGAUGAUGAAGCGCUCGCCUGGCGCAUUAUCGGAUUAGCAGCCCGACAGUGUUUAGAGCUAGGCCUCCAUCGCCGUGAGACUUACAACACUGUCUUUGCUGAUCCAGAGGAACAAUCAAGCGCGAUUCGCACCUUUUGGUCAGUUUACGUUCUCGAUCGUCGUUGGAGUUUUGGAACCGGGAUGCCAUUCGCUCUGCAAGACGCAGAUAUUGACCCGAAUCUGCCGAAACCAGACGAUUCCACACCCUAUUUAAAUGCAAUGAUAUCGUACAGCACCAUUGGAUCCAAGGUGUGGAAAUCCAUUGCCAACUCCGAUGGGGCGCAGAACAAUAUCAACAAGGAGGAUAUUGGCUUCCUCGAUUUCCAAGUCUUGAACUGGCAUCGAUCGAUUCCAGAAUCUUUGAAAUUUGUGCAUCCCGAAAGCGGCCGAUCAGCGGACCCACCCUCUCGAGGAAUUCAUCGUCUUCAGGUGGCGCUUUAUCUCCGAGCAAACCAAAUGCGCAUCCUCAUUUACCGGCCAGUACUACACACAGCAACAAGUAUCAUGGAGAACCUUGAGUUCGCACACACUGUUGUAAAGGUCUCCAAAGAUACAAUUCGCAUCCUGACUUACAUCAACCAAACAUCAGACAUCUACCGGACGCAACAAACAAUGUUCAAUUACUUCCUCAUCUCAGCUUUGGCGGUUCUGUUUCUAGCUGUUGCACACGCUCCAGCUGAGUUCAGCUCUCAAUGUCGGGACGAGUUCUACAUGGCUCUCGAUUUGGUGCGUGGGUUUUCGGCUAACUCAUAUGUCUCGAAACGACUAUGGAAGACGAUCAGGGUACUGAAGGAGGUCGGACCAAGGCUAGGCUUGAAUGUCCGGGCUGUUGAGACGGCAGACGCGCACUCCUCGGCAGCAGUGGCGAUGGCAGGUCUUGCGGGCCAUCAGGUGGAUGAGAUGGCCAUCUUCUCGAAUGGCCGAAAUAGCCAUCCCUUGGAUACUCCGCAUGGAAUGGCAUCAGAUCUUACAAGUCUCUUUGAGGCUGCCGGUGGCUUUUCGAGUGUGUUACAGAAUGGCUAUGCACUCUCUUCUGCAGAACUGUCGAAUGGAGAGCUGGCAAGUGUCUUUGGGCAUGAGGAUGAGCUCUCUCGCAUUAUGAGGGAUUUGUUCUGAGAGGGCUGGGGGGCUUUCGCUAUUGAAGCUGUUCGUUGAUUGGCUGGCAGAGGAAAUAUGGAAGUAGGCUUUAUAGCGACAUUGCAAUCCUAACCGGCAUUAAGGAGGUCAUGUCUCAGGCUGGACUCCGGG